CAACAAGUGGUAACGGAGUGACAAGAGGCGCGCACGUUGCCAUGGAGAGGCGUCACUAUGACACCAGUCCAGUAGCAGAAGGCGAGGCGUGGAUUCAGAGAUUUCACCGACAUCAACUCCUCCAGUAAAGCACACAUUCUUCUUCAAAUGCCACAAUCUCCGCCAUAAUCGACCUCAGAUGACGCUUGGUUAAAUGAUAGACGACCAAACAUCCGCAUUCGCUCUCUCUUUACCGUAUCGCGUGAGGUUUUGCUAAUCGUUUCUGUCGUCUCUCCAGUUUUAGAGUGUUGUGUGUUGUCCUAGUUGCACGAUAUAAUCCAGCUAGCUCGUCAUGUGGCUGGCUAGCGAGUUUGCGAGCCGUUAAUCGAGCCAUGUUAUGAAGAAACUGACUGAAGAACAAGAAACUGGGGAAGACAUGGACUUGCAUGCAGAAAAUCAGGAAUCGGAGCACAGCCGAUUGUCUCACCGAAGUGAUGCAAAGAUCGUGGAGUCUCCUCAACAUUCUGGGAAACAAGAGAAAAACUGGAAAGACACUGGGAGCUCGGCUGAGGAUCAUGCACGAACCAGAAAACAAGAGCCGACUGGAGACCCAGACCGCGAUCGGUGUUCGGAUGGAGAUCGCAGCAGUGGCUCUUUCUACUCGGAUGAUUAUGAAAACAUCUCGCGCUCGGAUCGGUCGCUCUCGUCAGGCUCUCCAUCUCCAGACAGAAAAGGGAGAUCUAAGAGAGUGUCCAGCAGCCCCUUAAAUCGAGCAGGUGUGCAUAAAGGUGUGUCACGCCGUCUCCCACCCCAUCGUCCUCAGCAGCAAUCAGGAGGUAUCCGAUCACAAUGUUUGAGUAAAGACGCUCCAUCCAAAGAAGUGGACCCCGUCACCAAGCGCAUGCUUUCUGCACGUCUGCUAAAGAUCAACGAGUUGAAGAACGCAUUGUCUGAGCUGAGGCUGCAUGCAGACAAGCUGCAGCGCGAGAACCGUUUACUGAGACAGCUACAGCUGCGGCAAGAGAAAGCUCUGCAUCGCUACGAUGACACCGAGAGCGAGAUCUCGCAGCUGCUGUCUCGUCACAACAAUGAGACUCACGUGCUCCGCGAGAGGCUGCGACGCAGUCAGGAGAACCAGCGCACAGCCGAACGCAGCCUCAGGGAAACAGACGUCCAGCUACAGCGCUGUCGCAGCCAGCUUCAGAAACUGCAGCAACUUGCAGAUGACCAGAAUCUAGGAGAGAGGGAGGAACUGUCACGAAAACUGAUAUACGCUCAAGGCAAAUUGCAAGAAAGUGAACACAGAGUAAAGGAAUUGGAGAAGAACAUGGAGCUGAGUAGUGGGAGCUUUCAAAGGCAGCUAGCUAAUGAGAGGAGGAGAACUCACGAUGCACAACAGGAAGUUAAAGCCCUACAGGAGCAAGUGGAGAACCUUUGCACUAAACUAAAGGAGAAAGAAAAGGAGCUGGAUACUCGUAACAUCUACGCUAACAGGAUGCUUAAAACUUCUUCCAGAAAAGAAGCAGAGAAUGGCAGCAAACGGAAAGGCUCCAAUACAACCAGCACUAAAGGAGUACAGACAGAAGACAGAACGUCCUCAUUGGACUUCCCAUCGCCACCUCCAGAUCUUACCAACGGAAUCCCACCUGACAACCAGGCCGAUGACUACCUCUCCCUGAAGGAUCAAACGCCUGCUGUGAACCACAGAGUAAAAAAGCAGGAUCAACAAGAAAAAGAGCAGAGACUAAAAGAAGCAAAGGAAUGGAAGAUACAACAGCUUUGGAAAGAAAGGGAGAAUGAAAGAGGCAUGGAAUCUGUGAUGGAACAGACAAGGGAGAAGGAGAGAGAAAAAGACACUCUGCAUGACAGAGAAAGAGAAACGGAGAUGCUGAAAGUCAAGGAGAAGCAAAGACUAGAUCAACAACCCAGCUCAAAUGAGAAGCACUUAAAGGGAAGCAGAGGCCUGGGCAGAGAGGAAGAAGAUUGGAGGAAUGGCCUGUCUAUAUCUCCAAAGGAGGAAGAGAACAGAAGGCAGCGUGAACUGGAAGAGUUGCAACAUAAAGCGAGAAAUCGGGAGAUCCAGGCCAGUGAAGAAGAGUGUGCGGAAGAGGAACGCCAGCGCAAAGAGCAGCUAUUGCUUAAGAUGCAUGAGAUCGACAUGCAGACUCAGGGUCAAGACUCAGACUUCUUCUCUGAUGACACGGGAAGUGUCCGCUCUCCUCUACGGUUAUCAGAGAAACGUAACCACAACGGUAUUUUUAAAAGCACAGAGCCAGAGGAGAACACAAACACAUUUGGGAGUGGGAGAAGAGGAGGUGGUCACAGAGCACAAGGACCUAUUGCAGAUCUUGAUCUUUCUUUUGGCAGCUAUGCCCCUUCUUUUGGUAAAUCUGCCCCCCGUACAGGUUUGGGCACACGAAACACAAAUCAGUCUCCUCGAGAAGCAGAUGAAGGGCUUGAUCUUAGUGGCGUGGUCAAAGAAAGGAAGUCAAACCUCAUGCAGCAGCUUUUUGGGGCCACAGCCACUCCACCUCCUUCAGAUCCAUCCAGCAAGAUGGAGAUUCUAACCCCCCCUCUAACAACCCAGUUCCCAUCAGGGCCGGUGAAUGGACGGAGGAGGGACUCAGACACACCAAAUGGACUAAACAUCAGUUCUCUCCCCAACAAUAGAAGCACUCUACAAGUCUCUGAGAGCCGACCCACAGUCAGGGCCAUUACAUCAUUUGAUGAUGACAUAGAGGAACUCGCACUCUGAAUAGUGCACUUUUAUAGUCAAUAUGAAGGAAUCGGUUUCUUGAAAGCAGAAGGAGAAAAUCCAAAACACCUCUGAUAUUUGGUUUUGUGCUCCCUUAUGAAGUAAUCUCUGAUUAAACAACGCUUCGUUUGCCAACAUGCCUCCUUUUUCAACACUUCCGGCAAAAUCAUAGAGGGAAGACUUUCUUAGUUACACUAUUUUCAUGGUUAGGUACACAAAGGGACCUAAAUUAACACUCGCUUUGCAACAAAUGUGGAAAGAAAACCCUCGCCUGUUGGCCGGUAACUCUUUUUAGGAACCACAGCGUAAUAGAUGGUUAAAGUCAAACUGUUAGAAAGAAUGAUAAUCUGCCCCUCGCUGAUGUAAUUAGUGUGAGUGAUUCAAAUCAAGAACAUACAACCUGUCUUGGAGGGACAACAUCCGUUGUGACUUGCACUUUUUCUAAAAACGACUUCUACCUUAAAUUUAGGUUUUUAGGCAUUUUUAUUCACCACUUAUGUGGAAUAUAUCUAAUUUUAAGCCAACAAAACAAAAAUAUGAUCAGCAAGGUCACAAUGUGUUACAAUGGAUAACAAAUAUAUCAGGGAUGUUGGUUAAUAAAAAUAAUUCAUGAAACAGUUUCAUAUCGGAAAAGUAAUAUUUAUGGAUGAUAAAUCCUCACAAUGCACCAUUGUUGCAUAUGGGAGACCAGGCCAUUUUUGGACUCUACCUCUGUGUGUUGUUAUUAUUGCUGAGAAACUCCCUUGCAUACCACAUGGAAAGUAGCUAUAGUUAAUGUUGUAUUCAGAUUUUCUUACUAAACAAGAACACGAUAAGUAGAGAUAGAGGGUGGGUGCAUUAGCCGAUAGUCUUGUGCGAGAUUCAGUUUACUGUACGUGUUUGAAAGGAAAAGGCCCUGCACUUUCAGUACUGAUAUGACUGUGACAGAGCGUUGUCCUCAGAUAGCCACGCUAUGGCUUGGCUGACUCAGGUCUGGGCUGUACCUUCUCUGAACCAGUCCUCCCACACGGCACUUUUUAGUCUCUUCACCUCACUUUAGAUAAAUGUUCAUGUCUAUUAUGUGAAAAAUGAGAGUGUCUGGUUUAUACGGUAUAAUUAAGUUGAGCCAAAUAAUCAAAUGAUCUCUAUACAGAGCACCCUAAAAACAGGACAAUUAAAUAUCUGAAUUUCAGUGCAUUAGAUAACAAAAUAUCGAGCCAACUGACAUUUUCUCUGACCUAACUAACUGGUCCCAAUGUAAACAAUUAAAAAUGUUAAGGCUUUUUCUUGAAAACUGUACUUUUGCUACCAAGUUAAAUGUAAUUUGGCUUGAUAUUUUGAUAUGUGAUAUUUCUAUGUGUAGUAUAAGCAAAUAUUUUUUGAGGAGGCCACUGUAUGUUUUUGUUAUUGUGUGCACAGUAUGAUCCUUGUUACUUUAACCAUUUCAUAACUAGAAAACUCUGACAUAAUUUUACUUUCACUACAAUGUGCAGUGACUUUAUUUGCCUGCUUACACAUAAUGAGAUGUUUUAUUUUUUUUAUAUACGAAUGAGUGUUUCGUAAAGCCCAGGCUUAUCAAUAUAAAACCACUCCUGGGUCAUUAUCUGUGAGAUUUUGUCAGGUGGUUGUUUAAAAAAAAUGUGUGUAAUUAGAAGAUAUUUUUUAUUAGCUCUAUAAAACAAUUGUAGUGAUUUGGUUCUUAUUUAUAAAGCAUUUCAGGGUUCAUUUCAAUCUCAAGUACUGAUAAAUCUGUUGUGAAAUACUAGAAAUAAUGUGCUUGAUACGGUUGCUUAUUUUGAAUUUUUAAUAAGGGACAUCACACAAAUGUAUAAGUGGACCGAUAUGAAACAAACACAAAUCAAAUAUUUAACUAUGUUUUAAUUACAAAAGAUGCUUUCACUAUUUAACAACAAAAUCUGGCACCCACCUGAACACAUCAAUCAGGUUGAAACCAUUUAAAAAUGAGUUUUGGUGUUCUGUCACAAUUCUCACUGCAACUCGACUGAGAUGAUUGACGUUUUAUCUUUUCCAAAGCACUGUGACAACUUACCGUAGCACUAAAAUAGUUCAUUGUGAACAUGUUUAUUAUUCUAUAAUAUUUCAAUGGCCUGAGGUGGAUUUUGUGGCUUUAUUUUAUUUUAUUUGUCUGUCUCUGUUUUCAGACUUUGUAUUGUAUGGCUGAAUCUGAAAUAGUCACCCUCAAUGGAUUAUUCAAAUACAGUUUUUAUGGUUUAAGA